GUGUGGUGUGCUGUGUCAACACGAAUGUUACAGUCCACCACCUCUUCAGUCACUUAGGAGACGCCGCCGGUACCACUAGUAACAUUACAAUAGAUCAAAGUAUCGAGAUUUUGAUCUUUAGGUCUGUGAAGUAAAUAAUAGUUUUUAUAAUGACAAAAGUUUAGAUAAAGUUCUGUUUCUGUUUUGAAGUUGUGUGAAAAGUGCCGGUUCGGGAAAAUAUAAGUCUGCCAGAAGCUCUCGCCAGCAAGUCACCAUGCAGCGGGCAGGCAGCAGCGCGGAGCGGACGCCGCUCAUGCAGCCCACGUAUAUGUUUGAGUCCAGCGUCACGCGCAGCUACGAGCGGCGCCUGCGCCACUUCCAGUGCGCCAUCUGCGUUGCCAUCAUAGCAACCCUCGGGAUCGCCCUGCUCGUAACAGUCUCCUACAACCUGAGCGAGGACCUAGAAGAUGACGACAACAGCACCACCACAACAGUUCCAGAAACAGUGAUCCCCGUAGGCAAUCUUACGGCGAUGCCGCCGUAUCUCGCACCCUUGCUGCAGAUGAAGUGGCCCUUGGAAGGUCGUGAUCCCCCCGAAUGGGCAGGGGAUCCCCCGUCCGCUGACGACAUCAGCACAGCUGUCGAGCACGGGAACACAGCCCUCAGGGAAAGGAGGGCUUUGGAGAGCAACAGAAGACCUCUAGACCAGGACACACCAGCGAAUAGAGCUCAGAGGGCAGCUGCCACUUCUGCGGCUGUGAAGCCUUUGGCUGAUGCAGCUUAUGCUGCAGAGCAAGCUACACGAGCGCUCCUCAAUGGAACCGACAGCUCCCGUCGCGCAGGCGGAGCAGGGCUGGGUCCUCCCACCAACGGUUCAUUCUCGGAGCCCCGCUACUGCCUGCAGGACGCCGGCCCCUGCCCGCCUGACCGUUACCGCAGUCUCGAUGGCAGCUGCAACAAUCUGCAACACCCUUACCGGUGGGGGGUGUCCAACACGCCUUUCAGGAGGGUCCUACCGGCGGAUUAUGGAGAUGGAAUCAGCUCUCCCCGCACUGGUACAGACGGCGCGAGCCUGCCCAGCGCGCGUGACGUCAGCGUGACGGUGCACCGGCCCAGCUACGCUCACGAUACCACCUUCACUGUGAUGCUGGCGGUAUGGGGGCAGUUCGUGGACCAUGACAUCACUGCCACUGCUCUGAGCAAAGGAGCAAACAGCAGCUCCCUGUCAUGCUGCGAUGAGAGCCAGGAGCCGCACCCCGAGUGCUUCCCGGUGCAGCUGGGCGCGCAGGACCCCUUCUACGAGGAGUACAACCUGACCUGCAUGGAGUUUGUGAGGUCUGCACCUGCGCCCACCUGCCACUUCGGGCCCCGUGAGCAGAUGAACCAAGCGACAGCCUUUAUUGACGGCUCCACCGUGUACGGUUACGGGCCGUCCAGAGCCACACAGCUGCGGGCCCUGACGGCUGGACGGCUGAGGAUGCUACGCGACGGAGACCGCGACCUGCUGCCGCAAGCCACCGACCCCAAGGAUCCCUGCAACACCCAGCAGAUGACUGCGGAGGGCAGAUACUGCUUUGAGACCGGUGACGACCGAGCCAACGAAAACCUCCACCUCACCACGAUGCACCUGAUCUGGGCGCGGCAGCACAACCGGCUGGCAGCCAUCUUGAAGAAGCUCAACCCGCACUGGGACGACGAGAGACUGUACCAAGAGGCUAGGAGAGUGGUGGGCGCGCAGAUGCAGCAUAUCACGUAUUCAGAGUUCUUGCCUUCCAUUUUAGGAAAAGACGUGAUGUGGGCAUUGAACCUGACUCUCUUGGAAGAGGGAUUCUCUGAAGCAUACGACCCUUCAGUGGAACCCACUGUCGCUAACCACUUCUCCGCAGCUGCCUUCAGAUUUGCACAUACCCUUCUACCUGGUCUGAUCCACAACGUGGACGCGAGCACAGGCACGAUAAACUACGUGCAGCUUCACGAGAUGCUAUUCAACCCUUACGCGCUGUACUCUCUUCGGGGCCCCAACAAGGCAGUCCGCUCGGCCCUCAACACGCCUGUUCAUACCGUCGACCCGCAUGUAACUGCCGAGCUUAGCAACCAUCUCUUUGAGCGUCCAACAACUACCCUCAACACAAACUCAUCCGUCCCUAAGAAGCCAGGACCUUGCGGUCUCGACCUGGUCUCCCUGAACAUCCAAAGGGGACGGGAUCACGGACUGCCCGGGUACCCAGAGUGGAGGGAGCACUGUGGACUGUCCAGACCGAAGAACUUUGAGGACUUGGGGAAAAUGUUCGAUGACCUCUCGCUGAGCAGGAUAUGCAAGAUUUAUAACAACGUGGACGACAUAGACCUGUACACGGGGGCGUUGGCCGAGGACCCGCGCGGGCGACUACUGGGGCCCACGCUCAGCUGCUUGCUGGCCGACCAAUUCCUGCGGCUCAAGGUCGGCGACCGCUUCUGGUACGAGACCAGCGAUCGGGUCGUCGGGUUCUCGAUUGAGCAACUAACAGAGAUCCGCAAGACCACGCUAGCAGGCGUGAUCUGCGCCAACGAGGAGUUACUGGAUCAGGCACAGCCGAGGGUUAUGGAGGCGGUCAGCGCCACCAACCCACUAGUGGACUGCCGGGAACUACCGCAACCUUCCUUCGCGCCGUGGAAGGAGUACGCGCCCUUGAAGAAGAAGACUUAAGGAUAGAGAAGCUGCUCGGAACAAACAUUGUGACUAACUGAAGAAAGUCCUAGGUUUUAAUCGAUUAUGAGCAAGCACUAGGAGCACUGGUCCGAAUGAGGAAUACCUAACUCUGACCUAAGUAACUUGUCAAGAUUUAAGUAAGCUGAAAAUCCACAUUGAUCGCGCUUCAAGAUGGGCUCUCUACCUGCAGUUUAUUUACUGAUGUAUGGAUAAAUAGAUACCUCUAUCAGAUACCGAGCGAUGUCGAAAUGUGAGACAAUACAAAGUUACCUGAUUACUUAUCCUUUCCCUAACCCUUCUGCCAACUAGUUCCUUCAUAGUAAGUAAAAUCAGUAAAAUUGACAAAAUGCUGCUGAAUUUUACUGUAAAUAAAAACAAUCCAAUUAAUGAUAGUAUGAAUGACGACAAAUUAAUUAUAAUGCGUGUCUGUUUGUUUAUGUUAUUAAUUUAUUGCAUUUAAAUAUCUAAACUUCUAUAAUAAGUACCAUAAUCUACCCUUCUAUUCUCUAUUAUCAAAUGUACCUAACUAUUUCUUUAAAUAAGUUU